AUGAAGUCAUUGAGUGUAGCUGUGGUCGGCGCUGGCGCCUCCGGUCUAGUCACUGCCAAAUAUCUCAGCCAGGCAAAAGAAUACUUUGGCGUGUCUGACAUCGAAAUUCGUAUUUUCGAGCGAGAGGGAAGCAUUGGAGGAGUCUAUAAGCACAGGGUUUACGAAGAUGCCGAGAAAGAUGCUGAUAGGGGGCAGAUGGUUUCGUCAAAAUAUCUCACAGCUUUCUCCGAUUUCAGGGUCCCGAAAGAAAUGCCCGACUUUCUGCCCAUGGAAGAAUACGUGCGAUAUCUCGAGAACUACUGCUCCGAGUUUAAGCUCUGGGGCAUGAUUGAGACGAAUACUGAAAUCCUCCGGAUCUCGAGACUCCCCAAAGGCGGCCACCGCGUUACGUACCGCCGCAAUUCGAAAGAAACGCCCCACGACAAAAACGAGGAUGAGCUGCAGGGUCUCUAUUGGGACUGCGACGCGAUCGCUAUUUGCUCUGGUCUCAACAAUGUGCCUUCGAUACCAGCUAUCCAGGGCCUCGAAAACAUACCAUCUGUCUUGCAUUCAUCCGAGAGAGGCUACAACAUUCCCAACUACCAUGGUUCUUUGUUUCUUGUCAAGUCGGACCGAGCUCUUCCUUACCUCAACGAGGGUCAUCGACCAACGGAUAUCCUGUCUCGGAUCCGAGCUUUCGUUAUGAAUAUUGAGCUGAAAGAUAACGGAGGCAAAAAGAUCCUGACAGCCCCUUGGCCGUCUGCCUUUGCGAAAGAUGGGAGAGCAGUCUUCCCCCAUAGCCAGAAGCGCGAGCAUGAGGAGGCACUUUCCAAACAGAUACGACCAGAUAUAGUUGUUCUGGCAACGGGGUAUGUCCGCCGCGUUUGCUUCCUAGGCGAUGAGUAUCCCAAACCUGAUGAGCUGGAUGUCCGUGGCAUCUGGAGGCGCGGUGAUGUGACUACUGGCUUCAUUGGCUUCGUGAGACCUGGUAUUGAAUUGCAAGCUCAGCUAUGGGUUCUCAAUCUACUUCGGCAAAAGUACCCGCAGCAAGUCUGCUCUUCCCCAGAAUCACCGGAUGCAGUCGCGCAUUAUGAGGUCGACUACGCUCUUAAAGCGCGAGGCGGACACGACUUUUUCAAAACCAAGCAUGGCGUCGAACAGGAGUCAUACGCGUACCAGCUUGCCCUCGAUAUGGGCGCUGCGCCGAACGCUACGUUUAUGAUGCGCAAGGGCUUCAAGGCAUUCUUCACGUGGGCCAUGGGAUCCAACUUCAACGCCAAAUUCAGGCUUGUCGGUCCCUGGAAAUGGGAAUCCGGAGCCCUCGCUGUUAUGCGAGGCGAGCUGUUCGACGUGGUGAGGCAAACUGGCGGCGGCGUGUGCUUCCAUCGGCUGUAUUACCAUCUGUCCGCCUGGUCACCACUGUUCGCAGCCAUGCAUUCCCUCGUGAAACCCAAUCAAUGGGUGUCCCUUAAGCUCCUGUCGGAGGAUACCAAGGUCCUCCAGAUCAUCCCGAACACGACGAUCUCUCUGGGCAAAUACGGCUCGUUCCCGACCAACCUUGUGAUCGACCGACCGUUCCACUUGACCUACGAGAUUCAAGAUAAGCGCGAGGGUGAAAAUUACAACAGGUUACGAGUUGUCCCCCCGAGCGAGAUCCACGCCGACGCCCUCGCCGACACGAGCGCAGAGCCCGCCGAAGAAGAUGGCAUCGACCUCGAGAACGUGAUUGCCGCGCCGGACGGUGCCGAGUUUGCUGUCGUGGACAACGAGAGCGGUGAUAUCGUGGCUCGAUCGCGCCGCGAGAUCAUUGACGACACCGCCCGCCAAACGUUGACCACCGAGGAGAUCGAGGCGCUGAAGCAGGGCAACACCGACGCCGGCAAGGACAUCAUCGCCAAGCUCCUGCUGUCGCAUACCGCCCUCGACCAGAAGACGGCCUUCUCUCUAGCCAAAUACAAGCUUCUCAAGACGAAGAAGUACAUCCGACGCUUCUCGAUACAGCCCCUCGAUACCUUGACAUUGGGCAAGUGGCUCUUGGAGGAGAAGGAUGCCGGCAAGGUGCUCGAGAUGCGAGAGGAGAUGAUGGGACUGCUGGGGUGCUGGGCCAAUGUUCAUUUCGGCGGUCUCCCUCCCACAGAUAAGCCCGAGAUUGUGACGGCUGAUGGCUCGGGAAUGCUUGACAAGUCAGAAAUUGGAGGCCGAUGGCUGGUUGUCGACGACACAGGCGGUCUCGUGACUGCCGCUAUGGCCGAGAGAAUGGGCAUCUUGUACCCCAACGAGCCCGAGGAGGACGAAGAAUCCGAAGACAAGACGGAUGCCGCCGUUGUUGUUGACGCGAAUGGCGAGAAGCCGACUAAGGCCGCCGCUAGCAACGGGCAGACUGGCGAAGAAGCCGCCGCCGCUGCGGAGACAACGACGACAAAACCCGACCAGACAAUGACGGACGGACCGGCUGCCGGUGACGGAGAAGAACAGAAGCAACAGCCUCCUCGCCGGAGACACCCGCCCCGUCGCGACGACUUCGAGUCCAUCUUCGCUCCCACCAACACCUUGACCCUCAUCCACCCCAACAGCCAGCCUAACCUCGCACUCCUAAAGUACUACAACUUCGACAGCACAAAUCCCAACCCGCCGUACCCUCUUCACCCCCUCGCCACCAACCUGCUGCCGAUUUCCUGGCUGCAGCUCCUGGAUCCCGAGGAAGACGUCACAUAUUCUACGCCGCCGCCCGACGUCUCGGACGAAGCGCUCCAUUCCUGGAAGGCCAACCGACGAGGAAACUACCACCGCAAGCGCAGACGCUGGGCGCGUACUCGCUACAUUGUCGACUCGACCCGCGCGGGCGGUCACUCCGGUCUCGUCAUCGCCAGCACGAUGGACGUCGUCUCCAUCCUGCGUCAUACCCUCCCACUCCUGGCCGGCGGCGCGCCGAUCGCCAUCUACUCGCAGAGCAUCGAGCCCCUGACCGAGCUCGCCGACUGCUUCAGCAUCGCGCGCCGCGCCGGCUGGUCUACCAACCCGCCCGCCGAAGCUGUGGGCAAGUCCCUCCAGGAGCUUGAGCGGUGGGAGGGCUCCGAUGAUUUCCCCAUCAACCCCACCCUGCUUCUGGGCGCCAACGUACAGACGAGUCGUGCGAGACGCUGGCAGGUGUUGCCGGGCCGUACGCACCCGAUGAUGAUGGGCCGUGGCGGAGCGGAUGGUUAUAUUUUUACGGGUUGGAAAGCGGUGCCGGCAGAGGGCAAGGUUGAAGCACGCGGCAAGUUCAAGAGGAGAAAGGUGGAGGCAUAA